AUGGGGCUGAGCUGUGGGCUCUUCGUCUGCCUUCUGCUCUGGGGAGGCACAGAGCUGUGCUACCCCCAGCCCAUCCAGCAGGCUGGGACCCACCAUCCCCAUCCCAUGCCAUCUAAGCUGCCGGUGGUGGUGGAGUGUCUGGAGGCCCAGCUGGUGGUCACUGUCAGCAAAGACCUUUUUGGUACCGGGAAGCUCAUCCAGUCUGCAGACCUCACCCUGGGCCCCAAGAACUGUGAGCCGCUGGUCUCUAUGGACACGGAAGAUGUGGUCAGGUUUGAGGUCGCACUGCAUGAGUGUGGCAACAGCGUGCAGGUGACUGAGGAUGCCCUUGUGUACAGCACCUUCCUGCUCCACAACCCCCGCCCCGUGGGAAACCUGUCCAUCCUGAGAACUAACCGCGCCGAGGUUCCCAUCGAGUGUCGCUACCCCAGGCAGGGCAACGUGAGCAGCCAGGCCAUCCUGCCCACGUGGGUGCCCUUCCGGACCACGAUGUUCUCGGAGGAGAAGUUGGUUUUUUCUCUGCUCCUGAUGGAAGAGGACUGGGACACUGAGAAGAGGUCCCCCACCUUCCAGCUGGGAGAAAUAGCCCACCUGCAGGCCGAAGUCCACACGGGCAGCCACGUGCCACUGCGACUGUUCGUGGACCACUGUGUGGCCACACUGACACCAGACCGGAACGCCUCCCCUUAUCACACCAUCGUGGACUUCCACGGUUGUCUCGUGGAUGGUCUCUCCGAUGCCUCUUCUGCUUUCAAAGCCCCCAGACCCGGGCCAGAGACUCUCCAGUUCAUGGUGGCUGUGUUCCACUUUGCUAAUGACUCCAGAAACAUGGUAUAUAUCACCUGCCAUCUGAAGGUCACUCUGGCUGACCACGUCCCAGACCAACUAAACAAAGCCUGUUCCUUCAGCAAGUCCUCGAAUAGCUGGUCCCCAGUAGAAGGCCCUGCUGACAUCUGUCAAUGCUGUGGCAACGGUAGCUGUGGCACUCCGGGCCAUUCCGGCACGCAGUCCCGCACAGUGAGACAGUGGCACAAGUCUGCUUCCCGCAAUCGCAGGCACGUGACAGAAGAAGCAGACGUCACGGUGGGGCCGCUGAUCUUCCUGGGAAAGGCCAGUGACCGUGCUGAGGAGGGGUCGACCUCUUCUCCCGCCUCCGUGAUGCUGGGCCUAGGCCUGGCUGCAGUGGGAUCCCUCACCCUGGCUAUGGUUGGCCUGGGUCUCGCCAGGAGGCGCCGGGCUGCUUCCCACCCUGUGCUGUGCCCCGUGUCUGCUCCCCAAUAA